AUGAUCGAUACGCCAGGCAUCGGUGAUACGAGAGGAUUUGAACAAGAUAAAAAAAAUUUUACCGAAAUAUUAUCUUAUAUUGCUCAAUAUAAACAUUUGAAUGGAUUAUGUAUAUUACUGAAACCAGACGAACAACGUUUGACUAUACCUUUUCGAUUCUGUGUCAAUGAACUUCUUCGACAUUUACCUAUUGAUUCAAAGGAUAAUAUCAUUUUUAUCUUUACAAAUGCACGAUCAACUUUUUUUGCACCAGGUAGCACAACAAGACUUAUUCAAACUAUGUUGAAUGAACAUAAAAGAGACCACAGUGUUGAAAUACCAUUUUCGAGGGACAAUACGUUUUUAUUUGAUAAUGAACCAUUUCGUUACCUAGCAUUACGUAAAAAUGGUAUCACCUUGGAUGAACUACAAACACAAAGUUAUAUUAGAAGUUGGGAUCAUUCAGUCCAAGAGUAUUGUCGUCUUAUGAGUUAUCUGGUUACACGUCCAUUUAAGGCUGUAUCUAGUAUUCUUUCAUUGAAUGAAGCUGAACAACUUGUUCGAAUGCUUCCACGUCCAAUUGCUGAAACAUCAAAACUUAUCGAACAAAAUAUUCAACUUGCUAAAGAUCAUAAACAGAAAGUGUUGGAGAAUCCUGAACUUACAUCACAAGGAAUACCUCAGAAUGUUGCUGUAGUUACUCGACUAAAGCAUCCACGAACAGUAUGUGUCGGUGAAAAUUGUUGUCAAAUGAUUGAUGUGAACAAUGAAAAACAAAUUGAAUAUAUAUGUAUAUGUCAUGAAGAAUGUUAUUUGAAAGGUGUCAAACAAGAAACAUUAUAUGAUGAGAAAUUGCAAGAUUGUACAGCAAUGGAUCCCAGAUCAGGUGACUGUGAAGUAUGUGGAUGUCACUGGUUGCAACAUAAGCAUAUCACUUAUGAACAUAAAACAAAACGUGUUGUUAUGACUUUGAAUGACAUUGAUCAACGUAUUAGUGAUUUACGAGGAGAAGCAUUAAAAAUUCAAGAAGUCUAUAAAAAAGUAGCAAUAUUUCUUCAUGCAAAUGCUAUUGUGGCAACAAAUGAUGAUAUUUUGGAAUAUCUUCAAUACUUUAUCCGUGAAGAACAGAUGAAACAGAAUGCUGGAGCUAGUAAUGCCGAUGUUAUUGCUGGUCUAGUAAAUAUGAUGAAAGAAUUUACAGAGAAUAUGGAACUAUUGAAAAAAACAUUGAAAGAGCAAAAACAAUCUGGAGAUAUGAAAGAUGUUCUAAAGCCUGAUGAAGUUUUUAAAUUGGUUACUACUCUCUAUAAAUUAUCGAUUACAGGAGCCCAAAUUCAGCAGCAAGUUGAAGGAAUCAGAUUUAGUGAAGAAAAACAUACAUAUCAACGUGAAAGAUAUAUUGAAUUGCCGGCAAGAGCUGCAUCAUCAAAAGUAAUGAAGGAGUUAAAAGACAUUGUGUUUAUACACGAGGACAAUUAA